AUGAGCGUCUCCGGCAUCGUGCGCCCGCGCUUCGUGUACUCGGGGGCGGGCUCCACGCUGCAGUUUCCACUGGACCUUGCGCCCGCUGUCGCCUCCGAGCCCUCCGCGGACGUCGCGGCGCUGGAGGGGCGCCUGCAGGACGCGUACUUCGUGGCGCCCGCCUCGCACAUCGGACGCGUCGUGACGGGCGUCGUGUUCGUGGCCGAGCAGAGCCGCGUGAGCCGCGCGUUCGCCGCGGGCGCCGGCGCCACCGACCGCUUCGGCCUCACGACCAUCUCGUUCGCGGACAAGCUGGCGGAGCAGGGCUACAAGGUGCUGGUGCUGGAUCUGUUCCAGGAGGGCAAAACGGCGCCCAGCGACAGCGUCACGCAGGAGCACGUGGCCAUCGUGCAGCAGGCGGCGCUGUAUCUCAAGCAGAAGCACGACAUCCAGCGUGUGGGGCUCUGCGGAGUGGGGGCGGGGGCGGAUCUGGCGAUCAAGGUGGCGAUGGAGCGGUCCGCGGCCAUGGACUGCGUCGUUGCCAUGUGCCCCAAGGGCCUCGUGCCCUGGAAACCGAUCGGAGAGGGCGACAGCAUAGAUGCAGCAGAUACGACGCCGCCUAUUCUUCCGCUGCUGCUGCAGCUGGGGGAGAAAUCGCCCUACGCUGGGUCUGAAGCGUACCAGACGCUGCUGAGCUCGUGCGCGGCUAACCCGCAGGCGGCUACAGCGCUCAAGGCGUCGCUGUUUGUGAAUCAGCAGAGCGGCUUUGCGUUCUCCAACAUCACGGAUGAAGACGCCGCCACGCAGGCAAUCGCGGAGAUUCUGGACUGGCUUGUGCAGCACCUGCAUCGCUUCCAGGUGGCUGCGGCUACCAGCGACACCGAUCCGUGGUGGCCCCAAGGUCGCAACGGGCCUUUCUUCAAUGUGGGUUUGCGCACAUGGCAGGAAUCGCGGACCGCCUGGCUUACGGCCACGCAGACUCGUCCUCCUCGCCCGCCUCCAGUACCUGCUCAUUUGCUGUUCGACGGUUUAUCAUCCGUGCGCCGGACCUUCGACCUGCCGCAGCGCAUGCGCCUUGGCGACGUCAUUGAAUUGUUUGCCGAGAUCUGGGAUGUGCAGCAAUAG